AUGUCCGGGCCGGAGAUGGCGAUAAACAGCGAGGCAGGGGACUGGACGGGGAGCGGGGACGCGGGGGAGAGGGCGUGGCUGCUCCAGAGCCCCAGCGUGGAGACGGGACCCCCCCCUCGGGACGCGGACGGGGGGCGGCGCGGGGGGACCUCGGCCCUGGGCGCCGUCUUCAUCGUGGUCAACGCCGCCCUCGGGGCCGGCCUGCUCAACUUCCCCGCCGCGUUCAACACUGCCGGCGGGGUGACCUCUGGGGUCGUGCUGCAGAUGUGCAUGCUGGUCUUCAUCAUCAGUGGUCUGGUGAUCCUGGCCUACUGUUCCCAGGUCAGCAACGAGACCACCUACCAGGAAGUGGUGCGGGCGGUGUGCGGGCGUGUCACUGGGGUCAUCUGUGAGGUCGCCAUCGCCGUGUACACCUUCGGCACAUGCAUCGCCUUCCUCAUCAUCAUCGGCGAUCAGCUGGACAAGUUGAUCGCGGUCAUGGCUGGUGAGCCUGACAUACAUGUGGGUGGUAGCUGGUACACAGACCGCAGGUUCACCAUCGUAGUGACCUCUACCCUGGUCAUCCUGCCCCUCUCCAUCCCCAAGGAGAUUGGCUUCCAGAAGUACGCCAGUGCAAUAAGUGUCCUUGGUACCUGGUACGUCACAAUUGUCGUCAUCCUCAAGUACAUCUGGCCGAACAAGGAAAUAUCCCCAGGUCUCAUUCCCACCAGUCCCUCGUCAUGGACAGACGUGUUCAACGCCAUGCCCACCAUCUGCUUUGGCUACCAGUGCCACGUGAGCAGCGUGCCCGUCUUUAACAGCAUGAGGAAGCGUGAGAUCCAGCCCUGGGGGGGUGUGGUCACGGCGGGCAUGAUCAUCUGCCUCUUCGUCUACACCGGCACAGGCGUGUGCGGGUUCCUGACGUUCGGCUCCACCGUGAAUCAGGACGUGCUGAUGUCAUACCCCUUCAACGACAUCGCCAUCGCCGUGGCCCGGGCUUUCAUCGUUGUCUGUGUGGUGACAUCAUAUCCCAUCCUGCACUUCUGUGGAAGGGCGGUGCUGGAGGGCCUGUGGCUGCGCUUCAGGGGCGAGCAGGUGGAGGUGGACGUGGCGCGGGAGCGGCGUCGCCGGCUGCUGCAGACGGUCACGUGGUUCAGCCUCACGCUCCUCCUGGCGCUCUUCAUCCCCGACAUCGGCCGCGUCAUCUCCCUCAUCGGCGGGCUCGCCGCCUGCUUCAUCUUCGUCUUCCCAGGCCUGUGUCUGAUCCAAGCCAAGCUGUCUGAGAUGCAGGAGGUCCGUCCUGGCAGUUGGUGGGCACUGGUGUCCUACGGAAUCUUCAUGGUGACCGUUGGAGCAUUCAUCUUUGGGCAGACCACAACCAACGCCAUUUUUCGCGACUUCCUCUUCCACGACAGCCAAUAGACAGCCAGCUGGGGGCGUGGGAGGCAAAUGAGGAGGUGAGAGAGGGAGAGGGAGGGGAGUGGGAGAGAGAGGGGGAUGAUAGAUGGAUGGAUGGGAUAGAGAGGAGAAAAAGAAGCUGCAUCGACCUCAGGAGAGAGGGACCGGGCCAUUCCUCAGGUGCAGUUCCUCACGUCCAGACCUCUGAUGUUCCCUCUGUUGCCGAUAUCGUCCCUCGUUCUCCUCUCCAGCCUCUCCCUGACCUCCCUCUCUCUCCUCGGACUCCUCCUGCAUGCGGCAUCACUCCUACCCGACGCCUCGGUCACCCUCGCCUCCUCAGCCCACGCCAUGCAGUGACAUCAUGUGUGUCGGACCGUAAAGUGGGCAUGAAGCCGCCUCAUCGCUCCCUGUUCAAAUGCACCGGGGCUGAACUCCGGGAACCGCCAUGAAGAGGAACCACCUGGGACCCCACGUCCUGAUUGGCGCAGCUGGAACUGAGACGAACUCUGAUUGGUGGUGAGGGAGGAAGGCAAAUCCAGGGGGCGGGGCCAAUGCCAUUGAAAUUUUGGAAUCGACUUGAUGGAUUAAAUUUUCACAAGACUUUUCACUUUUACUGAUUAACUGUGAUCUAUCUGCUGCUUGGAUGUUUAAGUUUUUUGUUUUGCUGCUGAACUGGGAACUUGUGACCUGAUUACCAAGAGUAAACCCUGAGGUUAGAGCAUUGCCAAACUACCAGGACACAGGUGCAGAAAGUCACAUGGACACUACAGUACUGAAUCCUGACUGUAGGGGGCAUGGUGAUAAAAAUGCAUGUUUAAUCUGUCGGUGAAUCUUCUUUGGCCCUGUGUUCCAGGUGUGGCUGUACCGGCCCUGGCCAAACUGGAAUUACAGCUAGCUUUCCUUCAGCUGACCCCAUCGGUGAUUUUAGUAAAAUGUCUGAUGAGAUAUUUCAUUUAAAUAUUUUGGAAUGAAAAUUUUAAAAUUAUGGGACUAAACAUGCAACUAAACAACUGAUUAUGUGAACCCCCCCCCA